AUGGCAUACUGUCUGUCUAAUAUAGAAUAUGCAGACGACAUGGUACUGUUAUUUGAAGAUCCAGCAUACAAAUAUCUACCCAUGGCGGGAGAUUUCUCUUAUUGUGCUGUUCAGACAAAACAAAUUAGUAAGCACAAAAUCUCUGUCUGCUCAUGGUCACCUAAAACCGAUCUGAUUGCGCUGGGUUCUCAAACAGGUUGUGUUUCUGUGCACAGGUAUAAAAUGAGCUGUAUUUGGGAAUCCGCUCAUGCAGAUCUCGGUGCAGUCACCUGUCUGGCCUGGAGAUCGGAUGGUCAGAGUUUGUGUGCAUCGCACGCUUCCGGCACAGUCCAUCUGUACCUUACCAACGAUGGAUUUAUCUAUCAUACCAUCACUCUUCCCACCGCAGUCACACAUCUCAGCUGGAUCGGUCACAGUCUAGAUUCCAAAUCGGUCCCAAUCACAAACGCGAUCAGCCUGUUCCCCGAUCUGAACGCAUUAACCAUGUUCAAAUCACUGGUUAGUCAUGCUCAACAGCUACGCACUCUAUCUGUGCACAGUUCUUCAGUGCGAGUGUGCAAGUUGCUUUUGGAUUGGAGCUUCAGUCAAAUUUGCGUAUCAUGGGAAGAUAUGAUACUUGAAGUGGACGCUAAAUUUACCAAAUAUGGUCGAGAUCGGUUGGCUCAGAACAAGGUGAAUGCCACAGCCACAAUUUAUGGCAUUCGUUCGACCGUUCCCUAA